GCAGAGCAGCUCGGGAUCCUCCAGUUCCACACGCUCCCCUCGGCCGAGUGACCCUGGCUGGGCACCAUGUGCUUCCCUAGGCCCGGCGCGCUUUGUCUCGGCCUGUUUCUUUCAGGACUGCAGGUGGUCUCUGGUGGAUUCGAAGACGUGCAACUGCAGCUGCUGCCGCCCCCCAAGCUCUCCUUGGAGCCCGGCUUCCCGGCCAAGCUGGGGAGCUCAGUGACGUAUCUGUGCGUGGGCGCCUUCGGCUCCCAGAGCUACCGCCUGGUCCGGGAGGAGCGCGGCCGCCUUUGGACCGUGAUCAAGAUGGCGGGCCUGUGGGGCGGCCGCGGGGCCAUGUUCAACCUGACGGACCUGGCGGCCGAGCAGGCCGGGCGCUACCUGUGCGUCUACGAGUUCGGGCGCCUCUACUCCAAGAACAGUGACAAGGUCCCGCUCAUUAUAAGGAACAUCCUGGAGAGCCCCUUCCUGUGGGUCUCCCCGCCCGGCUCCGUGGGCCCACGCCAGACCCUGUACUUCCACUGCAACUCCACCCUGCCCCUGGACAAGUACUACCUGUACCACGGGGCCAUCGAGGCCAACAAGCCCUUCAUCGAGCCCCUGAAGACCUCGGCACACGAGGCCCAGUUCUUCUUCCAGGAGAUACUCCGGCACCAGCUGGGCGAGUACCUGUGCCUGGCCUACCACUCCUACAACCCCUACCACCUGACUGGCCUCAGCAACAAGGUGCUGGUCACUGCCGGUGCCCCCCCUCGCCCGCCUCCUCCUGGAAGGCGUCUGAUCCACACGGCCCUAACCAUGGCUGCCCUCGCACGGCUGCUGGCCUAGGCCGGGCGGCAAGGGGAGCCCCCCAGCGCCUCCCUGGGACCCCCCACCGCCUCCCUGGGACCCCCCCCACCGCCUCCCUGGGACUCCCCACCGCCUCCCUGGGACCCCCCCACGGCCUCCCUGGGACC